GAUAUAGUCCCAUCUCUCAGAGCACCAGCCAGUUUUGCUGCCUCCAUCCCAGUCCUGCUGUCCCUCUUUCCCUGUCCAAGCUCUCACCUCACCCUGCAGCCCAGGACGGUGACCGCUCCCGGGAGGACAGCGGCGGAGCUGUGGGAUGGACGAGAAAAGCAAAAUGCAAGCAGAGAAGCACCUCACAGGAACACUGGUCCUCUCCGUCUUCACUGCAGUGUUGGGCUUUUUCCAGUACGGCUACAGCCUGGGUGUCAUUAAUGCCCCCCAGAAGGUGAUAGAAGCCCACUAUGGGCGUGUGCUGGGCAUCGUCCGCCUGGACAGACAUGCCACCAACACUUCUAGGGAGGAUGGCACCAUCCCUGUCCCUGGCACAGAGCCCUGGGGUGGCACCGAGGGCACAUUUGCACCCCCAGCCAACAUCAACGAUGACCUUGCCACCUCCCUGCACAUGCUCACUAUGUACUGGUCCCUCUCCGUCUCCGUGUUCGCUGUCGGCGGCAUGGUCUCCUCCUUCACCGUGGGGUGGAUCGGUGACCGGCUGGGGAGGGUGAAAGCCAUGCUGGUGGUGAAUGUCCUCUCCAUCGCUGGGAACCUUCUCAUGGGGCUGGCAAAAUUUGGGCCAUCUCACAUACUCAUCAUUGCCGGGAGAGCAGUCACGGGGCUGUACUGUGGGCUCUCCUCCGGACUCGUGCCCAUGUACGUCAGUGAGGUCUCUCCCACGGCCCUUCGAGGAGCGCUGGGAACAUUGCACCAGCUUGCUAUUGUCACGGGUAUCCUCAUCAGCCAGGUUCUCGGACUAGAGUUUCUCCUGGGUAACGACAAGUUGUGGCCCCUGCUCCUCGGUCUGUCUGGUGUGGCUGCCCUCCUGCAGUUCUUCCUGCUUUUGCUGUGCCCCGAGAGCCCCCGAUACCUUUACAUCAAACUGGGGAAGGUGGAGGAAGCUAAAAAAAGUUUGAAAAGGCUUAGAGGAAACUGUGACCCCAUGAAAGAGAUCGCUGAGAUGGAAAAGGAAAAGCAAGAAGCUGCUAGUGAAAAGAAAGUCUCCAUAAGACAGCUUUUCACUUCUUCAAAGUACAGGCAGGCUGUCCUCGUGGCGCUGAUGGUGCAAAUAUCUCAGCAGUUCUCAGGCAUCAACGCGAUCUUUUACUACUCUACAAACAUUUUUGAGAGAGCUGGAGUUGACCAACCAGUUUACGCAACCAUUGGUGUUGGAGUGGUGAACACAGUCUUCACUGUUAUCUCCGUCUUUCUGGUGGAGAAGGCGGGCAGGCGGUCCCUGUUCCUGGCUGGUUUGAUGGGCAUGUUAAUAAGCGCCGUGGCCAUGACAGUUGGACUUGUGCUCCUGAGCCAGUUUGCCUGGAUGAGCUAUGUCAGCAUGGUCGCGAUCUUCCUCUUCGUCAUCUUCUUUGAAGUUGGGCCCGGGCCCAUCCCCUGGUUCAUCGUAGCCGAACUGUUCAGCCAAGGCCCGCGCCCUGCUGCCAUCGCUGUUGCCGGCUUCUGCAACUGGGCCUGCAACUUCAUCGUGGGAAUGUGUUUCCAGUAUAUAGCGGAUCUCUGUGGACCGUACGUGUUUGCGAUCUUUGCGGCUCUGCUUCUAGUCUUCUUUCUGUUUGCAUACUUCAAAGUACCCGAGACGAAAGGAAAGUCCUUUGAGGAGAUCGCAGCCGUGUUCCGCCGCAAGAGGCUCUCAGCCAAAGCUAUGACUGAGCUGCAAGACCUGCGAGGCAGCGAGGAGGCCUAGACAUUGCCAUGCACCCGGAAAGGAAGGACCAAGCACGGACCUUCAGGCACUGCGGAAAGAACAUUGGGCAAAAGUCUCAUUUCACAUAAACCUUGCAGCUGGCAGACCAGGAGGACCCCUCCAGCAGAUGCCUUCUGGCUGCUGUGGCUCACACCUCUGAGCUGCAGGUGCUAACCUGGCAUUUUACGCUGAAAUACUCGGUACAACUGUGCUGCAGGAGAGCCAGGGAAAGGACAGGAGGAGUAUGUUACAUGUGUGUCUCCAUGACCCACUGGAAGAGCCCAGUGGGAUGACGAUGUUACUAGUUGACAAAGCAUUACAUUGAGCGGGGUCAUCACUCACCUGGAGCUAAGGACAGAGGGGCUGGCUGAUGCUGUAGCCUCAUGUUUUCACCUUUUUGUCCCAUGCUUGCUGCCUCCUGCUGAGUGAUCUGAUGCCUUUGAGAAACCAACUACUAGUGCAGUUGUGCCACCAGCACACAGCGCUGAUCACCCGAGGCGCUAAGGAAAAUGGACUGAGCAAACUCCCCCUUACUCUUGCCCGUGCAGAGGAUCAAGGUGGAUCCCACCUGCAUCAGUUGGGAUGCACAUCACUUGCUUUUCUCUCCAGGCAUCAUGGAAAGGCUGUCCGAUCUCAUAAGGAUUUCUCAAGUCACAACAUUUUUAGGAGAUUCUUGGAAACUCUGGCUGGGCUGAUGUGCAUUUUUUUUCUUCUUUUUCAGCCCGAAUAUUUACCUCCUCUUUCCUCCUAGGAAGCCUCUCCUCCCUCCCUUAUCCCUGCUGCAGCACAAGACACAGCACAUCACUGACCACACGACAGGCCCAGGCACUCCUGGCCACCAGGUCAGGACACUCAAGUCCUGCUGCCGUUCCUCCCAUGGCGUGACCAUGGCCAGGUCACCUCCCCUCACUGCUCCUCCUUCCCCACCCUCUGCAUCUCCCUUCCCUCCCUUCUGCCCCGUGCUUUGACCCACAGGCUCUGGCCUGAGGCGAGGCCUCGGGCUGCCCAUACCGUGCCCUUACAAUUAAUGACAGCCCCAAGGGGAAAUGGGUAUUGCAGCAUUAACUGGAAGGUGCCCCACUGACCUGACCCCCACUUUGCACCACUUACAGUUUUGCUGGCUGGACGUGUUUCAACCAUGACAGUGUGCAAGCAGGAGGUUGUGUUGUUUCUAUAGCCUUGUUUGUGCUCUUUGCUUUACGAGAUACCUUUAUGUGACAAAAUCAGACUGCAAGGAUUUUUCUUCCUUUUUUAGGGCAUAUGUUGGACUAAUUGUAAAAGCCUGCUCUCUGCUUGACUUUUAAGAUUUGCAUGUUCCUUGUUGUGAUACCAGGUUACCUUCUAGCAACUUUCUCAGGACAGAAACCCAUUAUUUACUGAGAGAUGAAACACCAGCAUUGCUCGGUCACUGCAAGCUCAUCACGACUGCCAGUGAAGCAGUGACCAUAACCUAAGAGGAUCAAGUAUAAUGAAAAGCAUGAGAAUAGAUGGGCCAAGGAGGAUCAUAGGUGCUGCUCUGGUUUUAGUUUUAGGGAAAGUUCAUGCUCUUUUUCAUGUGCCUGAACUUCUUUCCUUUAUAGACUUUACUUUCUUGGUAUUAAGACCCUAAAGCAAAUUCUGGUCCCUUCCAAGUGAUUGGAAGUGUAGCCACGAGGUCCCCUGGGACCAGGAUGUGCACCGAGGCAGUAAGAUUGCACCAAAGGCUUUCCUGAAGUGACUGCUGGUAUUUAACUAGAGGAGAACUGGAUCAAUGCUGUCAUGUGCUACAGAGGUGGGGGACCUGGGACUGACGUGGGACACGCAGUGCAUGUGGGAACCAGGGCCCAAGCUGCAGUGCACGGAAGUGAGCAGCAGAGCUGGGACACAAGCUCUGGGUUGAACCAUCAGUCUGUGUGCUGCAAACAGGUCUCCCCAGGUGAGACUAGCGGAGACGGCAGGCUCAGAAGCUCUCCCUGUCUACCGCAGAUAGUUAAAUAUUAUAAUGGCUUGUCUGAAUGCAAAAAAAGGGGGGAAAAAAAGAGACCGGUUCUUGCUUUCAGCAAUGUUAUCUAUGACUGUUACAUAAAAGUGACAAUGAACAACAUCUAUGGCA